GUCGAAAAAAAGUUAUGCAGUGCCGGAAUUGCAGUUGAUAGCUUGACAUGAUGACGGCAAAUCAGUACUGGGAUACAUACCGCAACGAGUAUUUGGCAGCGGUUUCAGCGACCCUGUCAGUGUUUAUGGUGGUCUUUACAAGUGCAUGGUCGUCGCCAGCCCUACCGAAGUUGAUGUCCGACGAUUCUCCGGUGCCGAUAACAACCGACGAAGGUUCAUGGAUAGUGGCGAUACAGGCAAUCGGGGCAGUGUUCGGUCCCAUAAUUGCUGCUCUGACGGUAGAUCAAAUCGGGCGGAAGCUUGCCCUACUGGGGACAGUCGUUCCCAUAGUAGUUGGGUGGAUCUUGAUCGGCGUUGGAAACCGAGUGGAGUUUCUGUACGUAGCACGGUUUUUAUUCGGGAUUUCCUAUGGAACAGUUUACGCAGUGGCACCCAUCUAUCUGGGAGAGAUAGCUUCGACCGCUAUACGAGGCACCGCCGGAACGCUGAUUACCGUGCUGGAUCAAACUGCCUGCAUGGUGAUGUACUCGAUGGGGCCAUACUUGGAGUACAGAACGUUGGCUUGGGUUUCUCUGUUUGCCCCAGGAUUGUUUCUUUUAAGCUUCAUCUGGAUGCCGGAGACUCCUGCUCACCUGCUGGCUACCAAUAGAGAAGAGGAGGCAGAAAAAAAUCUAUCCUGGCUUCGUCGUACAAAAUCUGUUUCCGAUGAGUUGAUAGACUUAAAGGCUUCCAUUCAGUCAUCGAGUGAAGAACGAGGCUCGGUUAUGGAACUUUUUGCUCCGGCCUAUCGCAAUAACAUUAGAAUUCUGGCAAUUAUAAUAUUUAGCAUGCAAAUGACAGGACUGUUGGCCAUACUCGGCUAUGCACAAACCAUAUUUGAGAAAAUUUCAACGAAUCUAAAGCCAGAAGAGAUGUCGGUUGUUCUCGGAGCCGUCCAAAUGGUGGCGAUUUUCUUUCCUGCGGUGCUUGUCGAUCGCAUGGGCCGUCGCCCUUUGCUGCUAAUUUCUACCGCUGGAGUCACGAUAGGAUUAACGGUGUGUAGCUUAUCCUUUGCAAUCAAUUACGCUAGCGGUACCGAUGAUCUCGGUUGGUUAGCUUUCACCUCACUGAUGCUGUACAUUGUUUCCUUUGGAUUGGGACUCUCGACGGUGACGUUCGCAAUUCUAUGUGAAAUAUUUCCGAAAAAUAUACGAGCUUACGCUACGGCAGCAUUCGCUAUGGCUAGUGCUUUGAUCGUUUCCGUAGUCGCUAAAUUGUUCCAACUAGCACUGGACGAAGUGGGUCCAUAUCUGCCAUUUGCAAUAUUCGCUACCUGUGGUGCCGUAGCCUGGGUGUUGAUAUACCGCUACAUUCCGGAGACUAAGGGACGUACGCUGGACGAAAUUCAGCUGAUAGUACGCGGCAAAGAAAGAAAAGUGUAAAUUUUAGGCCUACUAAAAACCAUGACUCUAAGUUAAUUAUUUGUGUUUGA